AUGACUGGUGUCGUCUUGGAAACUUUAAGUUGGAGAAAAUUAUCUGUUUUAGGUACUUGUUUACUCAUUGCGUUGGUGGUGUUUUUUCUCAUCGGUGGUUUAAUUGCACCAGCUCCUUCGCACGUUUUAUCAAUUUUGGGAACAAAAUGCAUUGAUCGGGGUCGUCAUGCUCACAAAAAACAGUGGUUCAUUCCUAGAGGUGGUCCUGAGAGCUGUCAAUCUUUAUCAAGCUUUGAUGAUCCAAAAGUUGCAUUGGAACAAAUUUCUCCUAAUCAAAUCGUAUUCUCCUUUUGGAUUCCUGGCCCUAAAGGUGGAAAGCAACUUGACAUGUCACGGUGGUUCCAAAAUGUUAUAGCAGUGCUGCAACUUGAAAUUGCUUAUGAUGAGAAUCAUCCAAUGUCUGAUGAUCCUACACUUGAAAUGGAAGUUAAAUUAGGUUAUAGAGAUAUGGAAGAUGGUCCUAGUGAUUGGAAGUUGUUGGCCGAAUCUGUUGUUAGCCGGAAACUUGGUUGUACUAUUGAAGAGGAACAGAAAAAGCCUCAAAAUCACUACAAGUGCAAUAUAUUGCCUUUUUUUGAAUUGGGAAGUUGUCAUUAUGAUUAUUAUCUUGUGAAUAUCCGCAUCCCUGUUCAUGAGCACAAGAGUACAAAUUUGGGCAUUGGAAAACUGCAAGAUAUUUGGCUGUUUGCAAUUAGCCAAACUGGAGGUUUUACAAAGGUUUGGUUAUCAUUGAAAACUGUUAUGUUCUUGCUUCUCCUUCCUUGCUUAGUCUGGUUCUGGCAUAGAAUUAUGUUACUUGAACGAGGACCCAAUUUGCUUGAGAGAACUUUGUUCUCCCUGGGGAUUGCUUUGUCAACAUUGAAUUUGCCAUUAGAAUGGUUGACAUUAUGGCUCAACAUGCCAUUUAUGCUACUUUUAAGUGAUAUACGCCAAGGAGUUUUUUAUGCUGUUUUGCUCUCAUUUUGGUUAAUCUUUGUUGGUGAACACAUGAUUGAUCAAGUGGACAGAAACAGGGUCUCUACAUACUGGAAGCAUCUUGCUGCAGUUGGCUUUGGGUGCCUAAUGCUGUUUGUAUUUGAAAUGUGUGAAAGGGGAGUGCAAUUGAAAAACCCCUUUUUUAGCAUAUGGGCAACAAAAAUUGGAACUAACCUGGCUCUUGGUUCUGUCAUCCUUGCUGGCAUUGCCGCUUGCCUUUAUUUCAUUUUCUUGUGUUAUAUGAUUUUUAAAGUUUUCAGAACAAUAAGUGUUAAGAAAACUGUUUUGCCUCAUAUGAGUACUUCCCGGAGAAAAUAUUAUCAGGGCCUCAUUUAUAGAUUCAAAUUUUUAAUGUUGGCUACUCUAGUAUGUGCUGCAUUGACGGUGAUAUUUUUUAUCAUCAGUCAAGUAAGUGAAGGUCAAUGGAAAUGGGGAGAAGAAUCUCAAGCUUUGGAAUAUACUAGUGCCUUCUUUACUGGAGUUUAUGGAAUGUGGAAUGUCUAUGUAUUUGGCUUGCUCUGCCUGUAUGCACCAUCUCAUAAAACAAAACAAAUUAUCGAUGAUAUGACUGAUAACAGUCUAGAAGAAGAGGUUCAACUGACUCAGAUUCCUUCAGAUUCAUCUCAGCUUUCCUCUUUUCUCAAGAAAGUGGCUCAUGAUUAA